GGUGAUUAUUUAGAGACCGGAAUUGAGGAAGAGAAUUAGGAGCAUCAGGACUUAAUAAUUUACAGGUAUUUGCAGGGCACUUCCACUCAUGGACUCUGGUUGCGGUCCGAUAAGCACAUCUCAGUCAUUGUAGCCUAUUCUGAUGCUGAUUGGACAGGGUGUCCAGAUAGCUCUCGCUCUACCACCGGCUAUGCUGUGUUUUUAGGAAAUAAUUUGAUAUCUUGGCGGUCCAAGAAGCAACCCACCAUGUCCAAAUCCUCCACAGAAGCUGAGUAUCGGGCCAUUGCUUAUACUGUUCAGGAUACUAUGUACUAUGUUUAUUCGCUCGCUACUUGCGGAUAUGGGCAUCUUUAUCUCCGCACCAGUUCAGCUGCACUGUGAUAAUGUUUCUGCUUCUUACCUAGUUGUGAAUCCUAUUCAGCAUGAUCGCAGCAAGCACAUUAAAAUAGAUUACCAUUUUGUUCGUGAGCGUGUGGCACAUGGAGAUCUUCAAGUUAAAUAUAUACCUACUCAGUUCCAACUUGCAGAUAUUUUUACUAAAAAUUUAUCUAGUCAGCGUUUUGAAUUCUUACGAUCCAAUCUGCGCGUUGUUUCCCCUGCACAGAUUGAGGGGGUGUAAUAAUGUAAUAGUCUAGGGACUUCUGUGUAAACGCUCUCAACCCUGUUUUAUUAUAAAUACAUGAUGACGGCACCCAGUAGGGUAAGCCAUUAUUUUCC